CCAAACCACCCUAGAGGCGGACCCUCCCGCGGCCGCCUUUGCGCUUCCGUGACGUAACCCGCGCGCCACCGCCCUCAGGCCGUGGGGCAGGGCCGCAGGCCAGGCUGGCUGGCCGGGCCCGGGGGCGGGCCCGGGGGCGGGGCCGGGGCGGGCCCAGGGCGGGGCCUGGAUCCAGCUCCAGGCCUCCGCGGCCAUCGCUGCCUGCGCGGUUCCUGACUCUCACCCGCUCCCCGCCCUCCCGGGCCGAGUGGAGCCGGGUGGCGUCGGCAGCCUAGCCCCGAGGGGCACCGCGGCUUCAGGGGCUGGGCCUCCAGCGCAGCGCAAUGUCAGGCGCCGCGACAGCCCUGUGAGUCCGAGGCCGCGGCCGUGGCCCUGGGCGGCGGCGGGUCCGGGCCGGGUCCGCUCAUGGUGCCGCCACGACACCAUCGCGGGGCAAGAAGGCCAGGUGCGCUGAGUUUUUCACCUCCGUUUAGGCUCAGAUCUGACCAGUUUUCAGGCGCUGCUCUUGAAGACCUCAGAAAGGCCUUUAAAAUAAGACUGCAAAUGGUGUGUGUAUUUAUCAUGAACCGAAUGAAUUCCCAGAGCAGUGGUUUCACUCAGCGCAGGCGAAUGGCUCUUGGGAUUGUUAUUCUCCUACUUGUUGAUGUGAUAUGGGUCGCAUCCUCAGAACUUACUUCGUAUGUUUUUACUCAGUACAACAAACCAUUCUUCAGCACCUUUGCAAAAACAUCUAUGUUUGUUCUGUACCUUUUGGGCUUUAUAAUUUGGAAGCCGUGGAGACAACAGUGUACAAUAGGAUUUCGAGGAAAGCAUGCUGCUUUUUUUGCAGAUGCUGAAGGUUACUUUGCUGCUUGUACAACAGAUACAACUAUGAAUAGUUCUUUGAGUGAACCUCUUUAUGUUCCUGUGAAAUUUCAUGAUCUUCCGAGUGAAAAACCUGAGAACACAAACAUUGAUACUGAAAAAUCUCCCAAAAAGUCUCGUGUAAGGUUUAGUAAUAUCAUGGAGAUUCGACAGCUUCCAUCAAGCCAUGCAUUGGAAGCUAAGUUGUCUCGCAUGUCAUAUCCUACUGUGAAAGAACAAGAAUCCUUACUCAAAACUGUGGGGAAACUAACUGCAACUCAAGUAGCAAAAAUUAGCUUUUUUUUUUGCUUUGUGUGGUUUUUGGCAAAUUUGUCAUAUCAAGAAGCACUUUCAGACACAAAAGUUGCUAUAGUUAAUAUUUUGUCCUCAACUUCUGGACUUUUUACCUUAAUCCUUGCUGCAAUGUUUCCAAGUAACAGUGGAGAUAGAUUUACUCUUUCUAAACUAUUAGCUGUAAUUUUAAGCAUUGGAGGUGUUGUGCUGGUAAACCUGUCAGAGUCUGAAAAAUCUGCUGGAAGGGACCCAAUAGGUUCCAUUUGGUCUCUUGUUGGAGCCAUGCUCUAUGCUGUCUAUAUUGUUAUGAUCAAGAGAAAAGUAGACAGAGAAGAUAAAUUGGAUAUUCCAAUGUUCUUUGGUUUUGUAGGUCUCUUUAAUCUGCUGCUCUUAUGGCCAGGUUUCUUUUUACUUCAUUAUACUGGAUUUGAGGACUUUGAGUUUCCCAAUAAAGUAGUAUUAAUGUGCAUUAUCAUUAAUGGCCUUAUUGGAACAGUGCUCUCAGAGUUCCUGUGGUUGUGGGGCUGCUUUCUUACCUCAUCACUGAUAGGCACACUUGCACUAAGCCUUACAAUACCUCUGUCCAUAAUAGCUGACAUGUGUAUGCAAAAGGUGCAGUUUUCUUGGUUAUUUUUUGCAGGCGCUAUCCCUGUAUUUUUUUCAUUUUUUAUUGUAACUCUCCUGUGCCAUUAUAAUAAUUGGGAUCCUGUGAUGGUGGGAAUCAGAAGAAUUUUUGCCUUUAUAUGCAGAAAACAUCGAAUUCAGAGGGUUCCAGAAGACAGCGAACAGUGUGAGAGUCUCAUUCCUAUGCACGGUGUUUCUCAGGAGGAUGGAGCUAGUUAGCUGUAGUCCAGCUUGAUAAUGGAACAAUAUACGGUGAAGAGACAAUCUCUGGCAAGUUUUUGUAGAAAAAUGUUUCAGUGCCUAGUCUGAAAAAUAACAGUUUCAGUUCUUUGGAACUCUAAAACAUAUUUUCCUCUUGUCUGUUUUCUUCAUUUUCAUAAUGAAGUACUUUGCUAUGUAGCUGUGUACAUAUCACUACAGUUAUAGGAAGUUUCAGUCUACAGUCCAUCUAAAGGACCAACCUGCCUUACACAUCUCAAGGAAUUCAGCUGAUGAAAUAAUUUGGACUAAUCAAGGGAUAAAAUUUUAAUGUUCUGGAGACUUUAUUUUCACAUAUUAUUUGUUAAAUGCUGGACUAUAUUAUGAAAAUGUUUUCAAGAAAUCAUUUUAAGUAUAUAGAUUGGUGUUUCUUACAGGUAAAAUGCUAAAAUAAGCUGCCUAUAAUAGGUACGGAUUAUAUUUUUGAGUUUUGUAGAAUAUUACAAAUUAACAACACGAAAAAUGUUUAAUUUAUGCAGCAAAUAUAUUCACACAAAUUUGGUAGGACUUUAGAAAGAAUCGAUAUUUGAGAAAAGAUCUGGUUCACUUACACUACAUAUACUGUAUUAUCCUUUCAUAGCAUUAGGUGCCUUCUACUUUAAAUCUGUGACAAACCAUGACAAAUUUUUAAAGGAGAAGUAUUAUUGUAAAAUGAAGAAUCAUGUACUUCUAAAGACUGUAUUGCUGUAAGUUUAAUUGAUAAAGCUCUGCUUAUUUAGAGUUUUGAAGAAAUAUCCUCUCUUCAAUUAAACAUUUUCAUAAUGGAAUGAUGUAAAUCGAAGUGAUAAAGAGUAUUAUUAAAAUAAAAUGUUUAUAUAUAUGUGUGUGUAUUAUAGAUCUAUCAAUUGGUUUCUGAUUUUUUUCACAUAUAAAUGUACCAAAUUAUCCUAGAACUGGAUGCCUCUUCUUUAAAUAAUUUUAGUUUUCCUAAAUAAAUUUUUAUGGUUAAAAACCAAAGAAGGAAGGCAAGAAGAAAUUCUACUUUAAAAAUUACAUUUGGAGAUUUCCUUUACCAAGUUUAAAUUAAAUAUAAAUACUCCUGAUUUUAACUUUUAAACUUAGGUCUUAUAUGUCCUUAUUGUGCAGCAGCUCCUGGACUCUACUCACUGUAGCCCUCAGAGGAUGAAUGUAUGUCUCAGGAUUCAUCCAGGCUUUUGAUUAAUCAGAACGUAUUUCCUUCUCAAGUUUUGUGAGAUUAGUUCCUUUCUCUUCAAAAUUUCUUAACACAUCUGUUUUUUAAAAAUUCCCUUUGCAAUAUUUAGCUUCAGUUCGUCUUAUUCACGUUCUUAAAAUUGCUUCGAUGUUACCAUAAGUCUAAAAUGAAGUUUAGCCAUCUUUCUGCUUGUCCUGAGAUUUUAUAUUAUAUUAAUUUAAAAGAUUGUUGAUAACAUUAGAUUUUAAAAAUAGAUGUUAUCCUAUUUGGUGCCACCAAUAAAUCUUAAACCGAAAAGAAUCCUGAUUUUGUGAGCUUGGCACAGGUUAAAGGCAUGUAAAGAAUGUGGACUUCGAAGAAAUUUUCUCUUGAAAAGAACUAAUGAAGUACAUUUCAGUUACUCAAAGACUAAGUUUGGUUGACGUUUCCUGUCUGUAUACCCCUCUACUUCAUGUUUUUGCUGUUUUGACAGUUCGCCAGUACCUUUCCGCAGUUUACGGGAUGAAAUAGUUGAAACAGUGUCAGUGAAAUUCAAGCUUUAAAUUUUUCUGUAAAUAUGGUAGGAAAAGAGGUUGAACUUAGAAUUUUUUGGUUGUCCAUGUGCUCUAUGUUCACAUGUCAUACAGAUCAUGUGUUGUCACUUAGGAUUCCAGAAGUAGUCAGCCUUGUUAACAUACUGGAUAAAUCUUGAGGAGGUCUUCCACUAGGCUAUGCUUUUUGUCAAAGAACCUCUUUAGAAGGAAGCAAAAUUACAUUGGUUAGCUGAAAGUAGGGAUUACUGCUGCUUUGCCAACUUACAUAUUGUUUUUUCUCCCAGGUUAUAUUUAUCUAAAUGAUUUUGAUAUUUGAAUACUGUAGCCACAGCAAGUGAGCAGUUGAAGACUUCCUUUCUGCACCUUGUAGUUAAGGGUUCACCUUCUCAGAAAAUUAAGUUAUGGUAGAUUACUUUCAUUCUGUGAUUACCCAGAAGUCUAAGUAUCAGGGCCCUAGGGUCACAGCAACCACACUGCAGGCCUUUGGAAAUGUUGGGAGAGGUUACACUCAAGUAACUGCUAAUGUCCUUCAUCUCUGUUGGAACAGUGUUGGCCUGUGAUUAUAUUUUUCUGAAUCUAAAGACCCAAAUAGGGAUUUCUAAAACCUUGUUUCAGUCUUCUACUUUUCUUCCCAUACAUAAUUUAAAUUCCAUUAUUGUAUAACGUUUCAAAUUAUGACCUUGAUGAAAGGGAGUCUGCUGUUUUGUCAGAAACACUUUCAGUUAGAUGAACAUCAGAAUCUCUACUAAAACAAAACUGAAAAAUGAGGCAGCCUUAAAAGUGCUUAGAUGAACGCUUUUUGAAGCUCAGAAAAGCCAUUAGAUAUACGUAAGACAUUCCGUUAAAUAAAUUUUGAUUUUUAAAAAGUUGAUAUAUUGACUUCUGUCAGCCUGACUUAAUUAAUUCCUUAAAUUAAACUGAUUUUCCCACUGGCAGCCAACGAAUAAAAUUAAUUGUUUCUAUAGAAGUGAGCUCACAAGGUUAAAUGAAUGUUCUCAAAGGUAUACAGUCUUAUUUCAGGAAGAAUGCUCAUGCCCGCUUCACAGUGAAUCAUGCAGAACCAAUUUGGGGUUGCAAGGUGUGACUUCUCUGGAAGCCAAGGCUUUUCAUAAGGCAGUUUGGUAAGAUCUGUAGCACUAAUCCUCAGUGUGCUGGCUGAAGAAACAAAAUAUCUCUAAAGAAAAAGUAGGAAGUAAUUUUAAAAUAUAUUUCCCAGAAUCAUAUCAGCAAAUAAAUGAAAUGUCAUUUUUAUUUUAAGCAAUUCUAGUUGUUGGAAUCCUGCCUCAUUUCUCCCUUUCCUUUUGAAAUAUUCUCUAUUACUAAAUAAUAUUAUAGGAAGAAUUCAAAGAAUUAAGAGAUGACUGUCACCUCUGACAUCUGCAAAUUUAACUUAUACAGCUAACAUAAUUGUCUGCUGAUUUUGUUUCUUCGAUGGUGACAGGGCAUAUAUGAGAUUCUCAGUCUAUAGAGUUUGAAGGUAGGGUUCUAUUUUAUUACAUCAUGUACCAAAAAUUCCAUUUGGCUAAAUUGAGGUACAUUUUUUUACAUAGACUUGCAAUUUUUAGAUGCCCCACAUUUCCUUUUUUAUACUAUCAGCCUCAUCCAUCUGUAGAAAAACUAAUAGUACAGUAUUUCGUAGUCUGUCCUGUAUAUGUACAUAGGAAACUUCCCUUUAAAUAUUAAGAGCCUUUUAAAAACUGGGGACAGAAAAGGAGUUCAUUAUAAAUCCAAAGCAAAUAAUGACCAUUGGGAAUUUACUGUUAUGUUAACGUGAAGCUUUUUUGUUUUGCCAUUAGGCAUCAAGAGGACAUGAUAAUUGAAAUCUUUAUUUUAACUUUAACUCUUAUUAUAAUGAUUACCUUAUUUUCAUUCUGAUUUUUUAGUUUUCUAAAAAAAAUUGUGUUUUAUAUAUCUUAGGAACUAAGCAUCAUUUUUAAUGUCAUUGCAUUUAAAAAACAAGACUUUCCUAUAAAAUUUCCUAUAUGAUAACUAUACAUACUAGAAUGGCAACUAAUGAAAUCAUUGACAAAAAUUUAAGGAAAAAUUACAUAUGAAAAGGAAUUAGUAUUCUCUGGUUAGGCAUACUUGCUGAAAUGCUAAAGUGAAACGGCAAAAUAUCCAAUGAGAACAUUUUGAAUUUUUGGUAACAUGAAUUAUUUUAUUUUUCAUUUGGGGGUUUGGAGUGGAGAAGCACUCAGAUGAAGACAGCAUUUCCUUCAUGAUAUUUUAAAGUUGGAAAAGAAAACCUUCCAAAUGGAAAUUUUUAACAAGACCUGUGUGCUUGCAUAAAGGAAGCCAUAUGAGCCAACAAUCUUGGGUCUUUUGAUCAGGAUGUUAACUCCUACCUUGAAUCAAUUUUCCUCCUGGAGUAGAAUGCUAGGAUACUUCACAGAGUCUGGAAAAACAACAGAGCUGUUUUCAUUGGGAAGCAAACAAACCCGAAGAGGAAACAACAGCUUGUCAGCAUGUGCUCGUUUGGCUCAGCCAUCAGCUUCUUUCCAUCUGGGACAUUGAGAGGCACUGAGAAAUACUACAGUCUUGGUGGAUUUGUUGCCUCCUUCCUGCCUGUGUUUCUUUGUGAGUUGGCCACCACUGCGACUUUCUGGCAGGUCUUUCUUAGGCCUCGUUUUCUGAAGCGCUUGCUGGUGGAGCUGACACGAUGUGUCUGCUGCUUUUCGGAAUGUGUUGUAAGCACACUCCAAAGGUCAAACCGAGCCAGGAUUUCUGCGGUGAUUUUGCCCAGCAUGGCCUUGUGUGCAGCAGGCCACCUGGGACAAAAUGCAGCUGCGGCCAAAACAAGCAGAGUUCCAGAUAGAGGCUGAUACAUUACCCUGGGUCCUGAAAUGAAGAGGAUGUGAAGCAGAGCCUUAGCUGAUCCGUGAUGGGCAUGAAGCAUGAAUGAGAAAUAAACCUUUGUUGUUAUAAGCCA